AUGAACUCCAAAGCGGCCUUCUACUUGGGGCUAACUUUGUUUUUGUGUUCUGGCUUUGCGGCUCUAGCUCUGCCCAUUGAGGAGGACUACAAUGACGAUUACACAUCUGAUGAGGAAUAUGACGAUCUGAGUCAAGACGAGGUUCUUGCUGACCGUACUGAUGUUGAUUUGGCCCAAUUCGCUUAUCCGUAUUAUUGCAAUACUACCGUUCUGGAUCAUACCUACUUUUAUCCGUGCCGAACGAGACCGACUCCAAUAUGGCCUAUUCGUCCAGGACCACAUCCUCCACAUCGACCACAUCCUCCACAUCGACCACAUCCUCCACAUCGACCGCAUCCUGGCCCACCUCCAGCUUAUCCACAUCCAAUUUAUCCACCUCCAGCCUAUCCACGUCCAACUUAUCCACCUCCGGCUUAUCCACCUCCAGUGUAUCGACCUCCAGUGUACCCACCUCCAGCGUACCCACCUCCAGUGUACCCACCUCCAGUGUACCAACCUCCAGUGUAUCGACCUCCGGUUUACCGACCUCCAAGAAGAAGACCUGAUAUUGUGAGAAUUUUCCCCAUUGACAGCUCGAAUAUGAGCCUAAAGUUUACUGUGUGCCUGCUGCUGGCACUCGGCUGCAGCUUGGCUGUGGCCAAGGAGGAUUCCCAAUCGGCCGUCUAUAAGGUAGAGGCCGACGGCAUCGACGAUCAGGAGGUUUACGUGGCCGCUGACUAUUUUAGUGAUGCGAACAGCGCCGAGGAGGAUGAUGACGAGACGGAGACUGUUGGCACUAAGCGACAGGGAUCUUUUGAAUACGAUGGAGACGCCGGAAACUAUGCGGAAUACAGUGGUGUGAGCGUACGUGCGGAUACAGGGUCCAGCGGCUCUGCGGUUGCGGCUGCGGCUUCUCCAGGCCGUUAUCCAUAUUCAUAUCCUUAUUCAUAUCCAUACUUUGGAUUCCCUCCUCCACCAUAUCCUUAUCCACCGUAUCCAUACUACCCACCACCACCACCACCACCACCACCACCGCCA